UUCCCCUCUACAAAAAUAAUAAAUCCCUUUCGAGUGAUUCAAUUUUCCUUAAAAUGAAGCGAAAAAAGAGGAAGUUGAACAGCCAUCGACGCUUAAACCAGGAGCUGUCCUUCCAUCAAAGGCUUUUGGGUGGAGUCCAAAGGAGUUUUGGAUCGCCACUGGCCAACCAAGCUGACUUCUCUUCGAACAAGGAUAAGUUUUUGUCAGACUUUGAGACCUUUAUUAAUGUUCUAAAGUGCGGCUUUGGUACUGGAUGUUUGGCUAUGCCACAGGCUUUCUUGCAUUCUGGUUGGUUGAUGGGACUUAUAAGCUGUUUUUUACUAAGUGCCUUUGUGCUCUAUGCCAUGCACAUUUUGCUCCAUCGCAUCAAUGAAUUGGGAAAUCGAUUUGAAAAUCCAUUACUUAGUUAUCAAAAAGCGGUGGAACUGGCAGUAAGCUGUGGUCCUCCGCAAUUUCAAUUUAUGAGCAAGCCCUUUGGUUACCUUGUGGAUGUCUUGUUGUGUGCUUACCACUUUGGAGUGGACUGUGUCUAUGUGAUUUUUAUUGCCAAAAGUCUUAAACAUUUAGGAGACAUUUAUUUGUGGCCGUUGGAUGAAAGACUUUACAUGGCUUUUCUAGCAUUACCUCUGGUUUUAGCCUUUCUAAUUCGAGAUCUCAAGAGCCUUGUGCCAUUUGCCUUGGUAUCGAACAUUCUUCUCAUACUUGGUUAUUGUAUAAUUUUUAGCUACUUUUUCUACGGUCUUCCUAAUUUCAACGAACUUCAAGCAACACAGCCAAUAAGAAACUUCCCCCUCUUUUUUGGCACUGUACUCUUUGCCAUUGAAUCGGUUGGAGUGAUCCUUGCGCUUGGUCGCAGUAUGCAAACACCACAAAACUUCUUGGGUCCUUGUGGAGUUUUGAAUCAAGGAAUGUUUUUUGUUAUUAUUUUUUAUGCCGUCUUUGGUUUUUUUGGCUAUUGGCGCUAUGGCCAAAAGACGGCCAACUCUGUCCUGCAAAAUCUACCAGAAAAAGAAAUUCUCCCCCAGCUGGUAACUGUAAUGUUUGCCAUGGCAAUUUUUUUUAGUUAUGCACUGCAGGGAUACGUUAAUGUGGAUAUUAUUUGGAGGAAUUAUUUGGAGCCGAAAUUAGAAGAGGGAGCAUCUAAGGCCGUCGAAUUCUUGGUUCGAAUCGCAUUUGUGAUUGCCUCUGUUUUAGUGGCCAUUCAAUAUCCGGACUUUGGGCUGCUGCUCUCCUUCGUGGGAUCCUUUUGUUUGGCCCAACUGGGAUUGAUCCUGCCGGGAAUCGUGGAUAUCUGCGUUCUCUAUGAAAGGGGUUACGGCCCGGGAAGAAUAUUCCUUUUCCGGUCGAUGCUCUUUAUCUUUGUGGGAUUGGCUGGCGGAUUGGCUGGCACAGUAAUAACAAUGCGGACCCUUCACGGUCGCUUUCCCGUUGAUUACAAAUAUUAUUAGUUUAGAAAGGCACCUUGUAAUCCUGAAUAAAAUAAGAUUUUUAAUUUA